UCGUUUUGAACGCGCCUUUUCUCUCAACCGGCAUCUGCAUCAGGGCAAGCGACUGGACUGCUGCCAGCGAAGGAAAAAGAUCCAAAGUAUUUACUUCCAUAGAAAAUCACAGCAGCCUAGUCGCAAAACGCGCGUGCUUUUUUCGGACGAUUUUAAAGUUGAAAGUGAAGUUGAUUUGCUUAGUGCAGUGCAGUUUAUUGUGGAAAUAUAAUUCUCUGCUGCUUAAAAGAAUCAGAUUGACUUCAAUGGAAGCGAAAGGUAAGCGAGGACGCACUGCGAAGAAAGCGAUCGAACCGGAAGCGGAACUCGCGCAAGAAGCAGGACUGAAUAAUGGCGAUGCCAAGAAGAAGCCAGCGGCAAAGGGAGCUAAAGCUGCAGCCAAAACGAAAGCAGUAGCAGAGCCAGUCGAAGUGGUGGAACAAGUUCCAGAAGAGAAAAAGAAAGGCAGGAAGGGCAAGGCUGUGGCGGUUGAAGAGGAGCCGGUGGAAGAACCAGCAAAGGGACGUAAGGGACGCAAGCCGGCUGCUGCCAAGGACGAAACUCCAGUAGAGGAACCGGUUGCGAAGAAAGGAAGAGGUAGGAAAGCUGCCGAAAAGGAACCAGAAGAAACCGCACCGGUAACGAAUGGUAGCUCCCCCGCCAAAGCUAAAGGAAAAGGCAAGGCUGCAAAAGCGGAAGUAGUUGAACCAGAACCAGCGGCAGCUCCGGCAAAAAGGGGGCGCGGAAAGGCGAAAGCGGAAUCCAAAGAAGACGAACCUGCCGCAUCCCCAGCAAAGAAGUCCAAACAGGCAGCCAAAGAACCUUCACCGAAAAAACCAAGCCCAAAAAAAGCCGUUCAGGAAGCUGUGAAUGAGGAUACCAACGGAGAGCCGGUAGCGGCUGCCAAAGCAGGAGGACGAGGUCGCAAAAAGGUCGCCGAAACAAAACAAACCGCAUCACCAACUAAAUCCCCCAAGGCGCCUGCCAAAAGAGGACGCGGUAAAAAGGCUGCUGCCACUGAGCAAGAAGAGGCGAAUACGAAGGCCGCCAAGAAACGGUCUGCAGCUCCAGAAGAAACGGCCACAGUCAAUGAGGAACAGCCAUUAAACGGAGUUACUCAGCGCAAAAAGUUAAAAACAGAAACGGUGAAAAAACCAAAGGCGGAGAAGAAACCAAAAGCGGAAAAGAAACCAGCGGCCCCGAAGGUGAACAAAUCGGCCACAGACUAUUCGUCGUUGAACUUUGACCUGCCCGGUAAGGAGUUUAAUUUCAAAAUUUCCAGCUGGAAUGUGGCUGGCCUACGCAGUUGGGUAGGUAAAGAUGGGCUAAGCUUUUUCGAGCAUGAGAACCCGGACAUUCUGUGCAUCCAGGAAACCAAGUGCCUUGAAGACCAGCUGCCAGAGGAAGCACGCCAAAUCAAAGGUUACCAUCCGUACUGGUUGUGUAAAACGGGCGGCUAUGCAGGUGUGGCUAUCUACUCGAAGAAAAUGCCCAUCAACGUUACCUACGGACUCGGGGACGAAGAGCAGGAUGUUGAUGGUCGGUUGCUUACGGCGGAAUACGAAAAGUUCUUCCUUGUUUGUGUGUACGUUCCGAAUGCAGGUCGAGGGCUCGUAACUCUGCCCAAGAGAAUGCGAUGGGACGAAAAGUUCCACAAGUAUCUGAAAGAUCUCGACAAAAAGAAGCCCGUAAUAGUAUGCGGCGACAUGAACGUGGCUCACGAGGAAAUCGAUUUGGCUAAUCCAAAAACCAACAAGAAGAACGCCGGAUUUACUCAGGAGGAAAGAGAUGGAAUGACGAAGUUACUGUCGUUGGGCUUUGUUGACACAUUCCGGCAGAUUUAUCCGGACCAGAAGGCAGCGUACACAUUCUGGACAUAUAUGGGCAACGCGCGGUCGAAGAACGUGGGCUGGCGUUUGGACUAUUUUAUCGCAUCCGAGCGGAUCAGCGGUAAAGUGGUGGAUAACGUCAUCCGGACGGGUGUGUACGGCAGUGACCAUUGCCCAUUGACGCUGUUUCUCAACGUUUAGAAGGCGGUUUUGUUGACUUAUGUUUUUGUUUUAAUUCGAUUCUUCUGUAUGUGUAUCGAUUGUGUAGUUAAGUGGCACUAGCCGAUAAAGGUGAGGUAUUGUAUACGACUAAUCCAAAUGUUUUACUGUUAGGGUACUGUCUUUGAACCUAUUUAACCAUAGUAUUAGUGAACAAUAAAAUAAAUGAACAAAAAAAACUUA